CUAAGAAACAAAGCCAUGAAGAAUACAACCAUUCUCUAUCUCUUCUUUCUUCUCUUCUUCUUCAUUUCAUGUCCUCCCAAAACAAGCUCCCAAGAAGUUGAGGAUGAAAGAGAGUUUAGUUACAUUGAAGGGAGUCCAAAUGGACCAGAGCAUUGGGGAGAGUUACAUGAAGAGUGGAAAGCAUGUGGAAAAGGAGACAUGCAAUCACCCAUUGAUUUGAUUCAUGAGAGAGUGAGAGUUGUGCCAACUUUGGGGAGGUUGAAGAGGAGUUAUAAGCCUUCAAAUGCUACCAUUAAAAACAGAGGACAUGAUAUUAUGUUGGAGUGGGAAGGAGAUGCUGGUUCACUUUGGAUAAAUGGAAGUGAGUAUUUGCUUAAGCAAUGCCAUUGGCAUGCACCUUCUGAACAUACUGUUAAUGGCAAGAGGUUUGCACUUGAGGUUCACAUGGUCCAUCAAAGAACUGAUGGAAAGAUAGCUGUGGUUGGAAUUAUGUACAAAAUUGGACGCCCUGACUCAUUCCUUAAGGAGUUAGAAGAGCGUAUAAAUGAGGUUGAAGUAACAAGGGAAGAUGAAAUCAAUGUUGGAGUGAUAGAUCCAAGGCAUGUAAAGAUUGGGAGUAGAAAGUAUUAUAGAUAUAUGGGUUCAUUAACUACUCCUCCUUGCACUCAAGGUGUUACUUGGACCAUUGUUAAUAAGACUAGAACUGCUUCUAAAGCUCAAUUGAAGCUGUUGAGAGAUGCUGUUCAUGAUGAUGCUAAGAACAAUGCAAGACCACUGCAGGCAAUCAAUGAAAGAGAGAUCAAGUUCUACACUCCAAGAUAUUUUGGAAUCCAUAAGCAUUAUUAGUACAAUAUUAUUAUAACAUUUUUGUCACAUUUAUAAUAUUAUUAAAUAAACCAAUACUCUCUAUUACAUACAUAUAUA